GAUAAAGGGUAUACUUAUUACAGUAUUUAACUUAGUCAUUUUCACAAUAUACUCUAUUAUUUUUGUUUUCUAGUGAAGAGAGUACAACCUUAAUUUUUUUUUUUGAGGAAAGAGAGUACAACCUUAAUUAUCUUGACAUUAUUAAUAAAAAUAAAUAGUUAAUAAAGUGGUUAAUAAUUAUUCAAGUAUCGUCUAAAUUCUUUUCAUUUUCCACCUCUCAAAAAAUAGCACAAAAAUUAACCAUUUUCAAAAAUUUUAAGAGUAAGAAUACCCCGCUAAAAUGUGAUCUUUACUAAAUUCAAAUCAACUCUUUUUAUAAAUACCCAACUUAAAAUGCUUUCAUCUCAAAACUCAUAACCAACUCACAGCAGCAGUUAGAGAGAGAAAGAAUGGCGAUGGUGAGUCCAGUUGCAGAGCAGCUCCAUAACCACAAUCAUCAUACGCACAUGACAGAGCAAAUGAUCAAUUUCAAGCUCAAGGAAAGGAAGCAGCUCUCUCUCGAAAACUACCUUUCCUUCCUCCAAUCUGCCGAUUCUGCCAACUUCACCGCCAAUCAACUCAAUAUGAUAAUUUCAAUCCAUGGAUUCAAGAAGGUCAGUCAACGGAAGAAAGCUGAAGAAGCACUGAAGCAACUCGAGCCAAUCGAUGCAGCACGAUCAACUCUGACUGAAGACAUUUCAUCAUCAAUCAAAGCAAACAUGGACUUCAACGAAGCAAUCAAGGAUCUCAAAGCUCUCAAUUGGCAAGAGUGCUCAAUCACUUCCUUCAAAUCAAUCAAACCAGAAAAUGACAAACUUGUCCUCGUCUCUCCUUCAACUGCAACAACCACCAAAUCAGGAUCUCUGAAGGCGAAAAAGAAGCCUAAGUUAGCAUCGUCGAUGAUUAGCUCAGGCAGUGUUCCGAAUGACAGUGGUGGUUCUGGUACUAGUCAAAGUUUGGUUCCUGUAUUUCCUUCUGCAACAGCUACCAAAAUGCGGAAAACUGUAAAGAGGCAGAAGUUAGCAUCAUUGACAGAGAGCUCCUGCAGUGGUCCUAGCAUUGACAGUGGCAGUGCUUCUGGUGGUUGUUCGUCGUCUUCACUUUCAGCAGGAGGAGGGAAGAGAGGUGGUGGGAAGAAAAUGCUCCAUGCAAUAGUCUGCCUAGGGGCUAAUUAGCAGUACUGAAAGAUAGUUCAUACUGAGCCUCACCAGGAUUAAUUUGGCUGUUUUAAAUUUUUAAUACUCCUAAUCACGUUUUCGUGAAGUUUUUAGUGCUGUUAACUACAAUUUGUUUCUCAGUGGUGGAGUAUGUGCAUUUGAUUUUGUUUAGUUCCACUGGAAAUACUUUAUCAGAUACUGUAAUUUUUGGAUUUGUCUAUGCUACUUGAAGAGAUUUUUCUAUUCCUAAUUUUGUCAAUUAAAUUCAUAUGAAACAUUG